GCUCCACACUCCAAACGAGAACUUCAGAGUCAUCUUCCAUCAGCGCCUUUCUCCACACUCCAAACGAGAACUCCAUUCACACUCCAAACCUUUCUCCUCAGCGCCUUCAUCCACCACAUUCUUCCAUCAUCAACACCUUUGGGACUUCUAUCACUCUCGUCGUCGUCAAUUAUCGCUGUUCCCGUGCUGUCCCUUCUCUUCCCCUCUUUUACGAGGACAAACCCUAAUCCUCCUUCAGCGACUUUUUCUUCCCUUCAAAUCUAACACCGAUGCAGUUACCCCGUACCAGUGAGCUCCAACUGCAAACUACACACAGAAAUUUAUGCUCAAUUACCCUCCCACAAAAUCCUAAACCCUAGCACAAUAGCCAUGGAUCUGGAGGAUCAGGACCUUUUGUUGGAAGAUGAUGAGGUGGAACAAGACUACACCUACUUUCUUCGUCAAUAUUUGGAAGAGGAAGACCGCCUCGAGGAUGACGAUGGUGAUGGUGUUGUUCACUUAGCUGAACCAUCUUUGCUCACAUAUCUCGGUGAAAUUGAAGACAUUCGCCAUAGAAUAGCUUUCUUGGAUGGUGAUUCUGUUGUGAACCUUCCCCUGUUUUGCCUUCAAGGUAUAUCAUUAUUAUCUGUGUUUAUGCUGCUUCUACUCUUCAUUACUGUACAUUCUACUGCUUCUGCUCUUAUGACAAAACUGUUGUCAUUUUGGAUCAUGUUGAAAUUUGGUGCUGCUGUUGAUGGAGAUGAAACCAUUGAGCUCAAAGCUGAGGAGUCAAAUUAAAGGUUGUUAUGAUCGAUGUUGUUGUUGUUGUAGAAGGAAUCUUGGUUUUGGUGAUUAUUAUUCUCAGCGGUUUCAAACUGAUGAAUUGGAUGGUGCUGGUGAUGGGACAUGCCACCAUUCAGAAAGAAUUAGUUUUCCAUUUAGCCUUUCCAGAUCAGUGGCAGUGUGUGAAGGAGAGGAAGAAGGAAGCAAUGGAAAUUCCCAUAUUAAGGGCUGCAAUCAUUUCUCACUCUCAACCACUCCUUCAUUCUUCUAUGUUGAUAGGUCAGAGGUUUCAUUUUCUAUUGGGUCUUGCCUCCUUCCUCAUCCAGACAAGAGUUUUCUUCUGCUGCGGCAGAUUCCAUUCAUUCAGUCUUAUGCUGGAGAUGUCAACCGAGUUAUCUACAUUUUUGUCUGUUUGCACCAUUCUGACUAUGAUUGCUACCUUGCGUGUUGCACAGCUUUUCUUCUUUCACAUCCUCUUUGUUGAAAAGCAUAUAAAUUAUGGAAGCAAUGGGAUGGUGAAGGAGAAGCCAAGGUUCGCUUGGACAGUAAAUAGGGAAGCAAAGUCAACAUGCCUUGAUGGCCUUGACAAUUAUGACUAUGGUGCUUAUCAAUGGACCAUUCAGCUUGUCACCAAUGAUAGCCGCUUGGAAAAUAUCCUCUUCCCUAUCUUAUGGGGCCUCAUGACUCUCAGGUUCGAUCAAUGUUCAAUCUCCCCACUAUCAUUAAAAGGAGUUAAGGAUGCUGGAUAUGAGAAAGAUUACUAUUGUACAGGCGGAAAACUCUUCCUAUAAUACUCAGGUAAGGAUGUCCUUGCCAAGGCUAGAACAGGCACUAGGAAAAUAGUUGCCUUUUUGCUUCCAUCAAUUGAAGUUGUUGCAAAUUCACCACCAACUGAACGUGAUCAUAGGCGGCCACCAAUUCAUGUGCUUGUCAUAUGUCCAACUUGAGAGCUUGCAAGUCAAGCGGCUACAGAAGCUGUCGAAUUGCUUAAGUAUCAUCCUACCAUUGGUGUUCAGGUUGUAAUUGGAGGGACGAGACUUGCCUUAGAAUAGAAACGUAUGCAAGCAAAUCCUUGUCAGAUCCUUGUUGCUACACCUGGAAGGCUUAGAGAUCAUGUGGAGAAUACUGUUGGCUUUGCAACUCGGCUAAUGGGUGUGAAAGUGUUGGUGCUCGAUGAAGCUGGUCAUUUACUGGACAUGGGAUUUCAGAAAGAUGUUUUGAAUACACAGUUUAUAUUUUGAAUUAUAAUUUAUGUAUCAAUACACUUUGUUGAUGUAUGGUUAUUACUUAUUAUUAUAGUUGAUGUAUUAAUACACUUUGUUUAUGUUUUGAAUUAUAUUGACUUACUUCUUUA